AUAUUAAUCAACAAUAGUUAAAGACUGCACGUGCAUAUUUUCCUGUUCAUCAUUUUCACAACUCAUUGUAAGAAAUGUGCGUCCAAAACGUAAUAUGAGAAAGCGGUAUUUUAUUUUGAAGGAACACACGGUAACAGGAAGUGACAUAAACACCGCUCACGAGGGCAGGUGCUUAGACAUAUGGGACAGUGACAGGAAUCCUGAAGGUGAUUGAAGUAUGAUGGAAUCUCAGCUGAAACCACUGUGAUCGUAUUUUAAAUUUAAGUCGCGGAGCUGGAGAAAUGGAGGAAGCGUAUAAGGAAUUGUAUCAGCAGUUUCUUCGCCUGAGAUCUCUGUGCCUCAGACAGGCAGCCAUGCUGCAUCAGCUCACCACAGCGCUGCAGAAGCACCAAGGUGCUUCUGUUAUCGCAGGAGAAGUGGGUGGGAUGAAUUUAGUCCCUUCUCAUGACUCCCCUGUCUAUCACUAUCAACAUCCUCAACCGCUUGUGACUGACGAAUGGAAGCAUGCACCCCCGUGUGGCGUUGGCCACGCCUUUGGAAACCAGGGGGCUGUUUCUGGACUUCUCGCUGACGAUAUGGCGAAGCUCAGCGUGGACACGACUAAUCAGAGAAAACAGAAUGUGAAGGCGGAGAAUAUAAAUCCCUUCUGCUUAGACUCAUCCGUGUGCCUUGAAGCGUCCUCCGGCACUUCCAAACUUUUGAGGUCAAACUACUCCAGUGAAGUCAGGACUUACCCGAUGCCUGCAGGCUCCAGCCCUUAUCGGAUGGACGACUGCCUCGACCCGGCUGGAGGAGCCAUGCUUUCUGAAGUCGCUCUGCAAUCCCACGUGUGUGAAUUCUGCCAGGCGGUUUUUCCUGGGGAGGCCAGCACAAGAGGAGAUUUCUUACGGCAUCUCCACACACACGUCACGUAAAGAUCCUCUCCUCAUGCUCUGAUUGUACCUUAAUAGAUCAAUCUCCUCUUGGAAGUCUACUGUUGGACCCCGUCAUUCACAGAACUGCUUCUUUGGGUGAACUCUGCAGACUCUGGCAUGAUUUCUCUUUUUUAAAAUAAUGAAAAUGCAUUGCACAUACAACGUUUUUUUUUAUUUUUUAUUUUUUUUUUUUUUUAUAAAAUUAUC